AUGACGGAAAAGCAACUCGCAGACCAGGUGCGGAUACGCAUUUCCCACCGGGUUCGGAUACACAAUUUGACAAUUCGGGUUUCUAGGUGGUCAUCGUAACCGGAGGUGCCUCAGGCAUCGGCCAGUGCGCCGUCAAUUGUCUAAGAGCACAUGGCGCCAGGGUCGCCUCGUUCGACAUUACCGACACAGCAACCUCAGAAGACUCUGACCUGCUGCUUGUCAAAUGUGAUGUCUCGCUCGAAGGCCAAGUCGAGAAUGCAGUCGCUCUGGUUGCGGCGCAGUGGGAGAGAAUCGAUAUGCUGGUCAACUGCGCCGGCAUCCUGGAUCGGUUUGGUAAGUGCCGCCAGCCAUGAGUUCGGAGAGUACUUGAUUGAUGACAGUGAAAAAGCUGGCGUUGGAAACACGGCGACCGAGGACUGGAGGAGGUGCUUUGCCGUCAACGUGGAAGGCCCAAUGUUCUUGACGCGCGCCUGCAUGCCAUACUUCCUGAGGCAGGAGACGAAAGGCCGAAUUGUCAAUUUCUGUUCCACGGCCUCUAUUCGAGGUGCUGCAUGUGGUGCAGCCUAUACGGCGUCGAAACAUGCACUCCUGGGGUUGUCGAGAUCCACUGCGUGGAUGUAUGCCAAGGAAGGGGUCAAAUGCAAUGCUUUAUUGAUUGGACCGACAGAAGGCACCAACAUCACAAAUACAGGGAGAGAGCCGGACAAGUUCGGUUUUGAGCGAGUACAGCCCUAUGGGGGACUGUUGCCCGCACUACUACAAGCGAACGACAUCAUGCCGCAUCUGCUGCACCUCCUUACAGCACCUGGCGUCAACGGAGCUGAGCUUGCAGUCGAUCACGGCUUUACGACAGCGUAG